AUGUCCUCGGAUACAUUUUCUCACCAAGUCCCCAUCAACGGAACUAUUCAGACAGCAGUCGCACCGGGGAAUCAGACGAAUAUGUACUACAUUUUGGUCUCAAAUUUGCCCUGGCAAACAUCUUGGCAACAAUUAAAAGACCAUGUACGGGCCGUGUGUAUGGUCGAUCGAGUCGAAGUGUUCAACGAGAGUACAUCUGGCUGGGUAUCGGUCAGAGGCCAAGAGAACUACGACGCAGCUCUCCGCCUGCUCAACGGGGGCGUCUUCAACGGGCGAGCCCUUUGUGCGGACGGCAAAAACGCUACGGAGAGCAUAAUGAUCAGGGAAACAGUAGACUCCCCUGUAAAUGGGAGUUCUGUGUCAAGAACUUUACAAUCACCGAGAUUUCAAUCCCCUCCAUCAACACAAUAUUCAGCUAGCACACCGCCAUUAAUGUCACCACUUGCCACGGGAUACGGAGAGUGGACUACUCCUGGGACCCCUUCUACGUAUGGGGCUACUUCAACGGAAUAUCCACCUUACACCAUGUCGGUUCCUACACCAUAUGAUUACAAUGAGACAACCGGCUACUACGCCUACGACGCUUCAAAUAGUGGCUACAUAGACCAAUCAGCUAUGGUUUCGUCCCCUACGAUGGUACAAUAUCCUUUUGAAGCAAGCUACCCGCAGCAAUAUCAGAUGAGUGAGUACCAAAGCAAUGACUACAGCACGUACAGCAGCAUGCCAACCUCAGCUUCCAUGCCAAGUGACUCAUCCACAGGCAUGGUUCCUACAAGGCAACGCAAGAUCAUUGUAAAACAGCUCCAGCCUUGGGCCACUUUCAACCAGGUACAAGAUCUCAUCCGAAAGAAAGCCGGAUCCGAUGCUGAUAAAGUUCAGCAUAUUGAUCUACCACUAACGGACGGUCAAGAAUCAAAUAGAGGUUAUGCCCUCGUCACAUUUCAAAGCGAGGAAGUGGCCAACAAGCUAAUUCGACGGCUUAAUGGUCACAAGUACGACGGACGGGAACUGAAAGUGGAUUACACUAAAGAGGGCGUAUCGGAAAAUGAGAUCUCUCGCCCCCGCACCUCUGGACAUAAAGAGCGGCGAGAAGACCGAGAGAAAAAGGAAAAGAAGGAGAAUUCCCGAGGGUCUGGUUCUCAUGACAAGAAGAGCAAAUCUCAUAAAUCGAGCGUUGUCAUCGCAGACGGUUCUUCGCCUACCUUAAAGAAAUCGGACACGAAGGAUAAAUCAAGCAAACGACAUUAGGAUAACAAUGCCUAUGCAAGUCUAGCAGCAGAACCCGCAAUGGGAAAAAAAAAUGCUGGUCAUUGGCUAAGCCACGCUUCCUUAUUCUCUGGGGAAAGGCAGUCUAUGGAUGUUCGUUGUUGGCACUCUCUUUUUUCCUUCUUCCUUCACUUACUACCGAGUGGAAAUGGCGGUUUACUACUACUGUGAUACACUGGAUGGCUCAACUGUCGUUACCGCAAUGUACCUGCGCAACUGUAUAUGUUCAUAUGAAAUCAGUCCACCAUUUAGCCAUACGUGAUAGUAAAUCUCGAGAUCGUCGUAUCGAUUUCCCAAGUACCUCUGACGCACUCUAGAGGGCGUUCCUUUGCCACGUCACGGUUGGAGAUUGCACUAUACUAUUUCCAGACAUUAAGACAUAAUCUUCCUCAUAUCCGUAGAGCCUCACAGGGACCGUGCCC